AUGGACGCCGCACACAACCCAGAGCCUGGCCCCUCGUCGGGCUCCGCCGUCGUCGAGUACAGGAAGGACGGCGGCAUCUCGCGCAUGCGCUCGCACAAGGGCAACGUCCCCCAGCUGCCGCAGACGAAGCUCUGCCCGUACUGCCCCGCCAAAUUCACCCGCACCACGCACCUCAACCGCCACCUCCGCAAUCACACGAACGAACGCUUCUAUCGGUGCGAGGGCGAGAGCCCCCUCGACCCCCCGCCGGCCCCCGCCUCCCCGCGCGGCCCCCAUGAACAGACGCAGCAGCAGCAUGCCCGGCAGCACGUCCGAGCCUCGGCCGCCGCGCCGCAGGGAAUAGUCAGUGUCGAUGCCUCGGCGGGCUUUGACCCCUGGGCGUUCGCGCGCCCGUUUGAUGGCCUCCUGACGUCUGCUUUCCCAGAGCUGGAGCUGAUCGAGGAGGCGAACGACAUGCUCAGCCCCGCACCCCUCAACGAGGCCAACAUCGCCCACUUCGGCAUGCUCCAGCAGCCCCCGCACCCGCAUCAUCAACGUCAACACCGCAGCCCCGCCUCCCACGCCCGCUCGCUGCCCAACGUCGACUUUGCGGCCCCGUCGGAAGACUCGCUCUCGUCGUACGCCCCACUCCACGCUCGCGGCGCGUUCACGUCCUUCGUGCCUUCGGACUUAUCGGGCCCCAUCGUGGGCACCCUCGGCGCCUUCGACAGCAACAUGUUCGAGCCCUUCUUCCGCGACGUCUUCUCCGCGCGCGCCACCGGCGCCGAUCCCCCCACGACGUCCACGGGCCGGGUACCCGUGGCACAUACGCCCCUCGAAGGCAUCAUCGCGCCGCCGAACCCCAUGAUCGCCGACGCCCUGUCGUUCUGGGACGCUGCGUCCCCGGCCAUGGUCGACCCGCUCGACGAGCAGCUCAUGUACGAUCUCAUGACGAACACCCUCCCCGCCGAUGGCCUCCCCGUGGGUGUCGCCUCGCCGACGAUGCCAGAGGCGCCUCCCAAAGAUGAUCUUCUGCCUGUGGUCCCAAAAGUACGGGAGCCCGAGCCGGUGCCGGAUCCCACGACCGAAGAGCUGCAGCAUUACCUGUACAUAUUCUUGACCGUCUUCCUGCCGCAGAUCCCGGUGGUGCACACGCCGACGCUGCGGGUCGAGCUGAAGCCCCCCGUGAUGCUGCGCGCCAUGCAGGCGUGCGGCGCGCUCUUCGUCAGGACGCGGACCGCGGACGCGUUCGUCGAGCAGACGCUCGAGAGGUCGCGGGACGUGCUGGUCAGCGAAUUCGCCAAACCGUCGCCCGAUCCCAAGCACCAUCUCCACAUCAUCAUCACCGUCAUAUUGCUCCAGACCAUCGGGAUCUUCCAUCAGGACCCAGAACAGAGGGCGGCUUCCAGUAUCUAUCACGGCAUGCUGGUGUUGAUGAUCCGGCAGAGCGGGAUCGUCAAUAGGUGCAAGGAUUGGACGCACAAACCGUUCUCGGCCGGCGAUGCCGACCUCACGGAUGUAUGCUGGCGCGACUGGGCUAUUAACGAGACUAUCAAACGAGUCAUUCUUCUCGCAUACAGCCACGACCAGGCGCACCCGAUCUACUUUUCUCUCCCCCCGUCCUUCCACGCCUCCGAGUGCCAGCUCUACCUGCCCUGCGACGAGGCGCUGUGGACCGCGCCCUCCGCGCGCGCGUGGUCCCAGCUCAUCCUUGCCCCGUCUCCGUACGGCGAAUGGCAGCAGCGCAUCCGGGGCGUCAGCAUGCCCCGCGCGCUCGCCGCCAUCGGCGUCGACGGCGUCGACCUCUCGAGCGCGCUCAUCGGCGCGGACGCCGUCCCCGAGCACCUCGCGCAGAUCUCGCCGAUGGGCCACUUCAUCAUCAUCCACGCCAUCCUCGCCAUGCUCUUCAGCCGCCUCAAGAUCGCGCAGCCUGCGCCCCCGCCUCCGCCGUCGACGGCCACGGACGCGUCGAGCGAGGCCGCGAGCCCGCACGUGUUCGCGAUCCAGCUCGCGCUGCACAAGUGGCUCCAGAUAUGGUUGCUUAACCCCGAGAGCCCGCGCCCCGCCCCGCCGAAGCCCGCGAGUGGCGGCGGCGGCGGCGCGUGCGGGCAUUCGGAUCCCGCGUUCAUGUCCGACCCGCUGCCGUUCUACUGGCUCGCGCAGCUGCUGUUGCUCGCACACGCCGAGGCGCUCCCGCCGUUUGACCCGCCCGCGCCCCCACCCGCACCCGCCGCGUCAGCGUCGCCCAGCUCCUCGUCCGCGACGCACCGCUCACCGCCACCGCUCACCGCCUCGCCGCACUCAAGCGCGAGCCUCGCAUCCUCCGCGUCCCCAGCGACGUCCGCCUCGCCGGCGUCCCCCGCGGGCCUCUUCGCGCCCGCAUUCCUACAGGGGCACGACCCGCUCGUCGUGGCGCGGCAGCUGCAGACCGACGCGUCCGCGCGCCAGUUCACGCUCGUGCGCGCGUGGCUGCACCGCGUGAAGCUGUUCCUGCGGCGCAGCGGCGCGGGAGACCCAACGAUGGUGUGGGACGAGCUGAUGAAGAUCCGCUUGCGCGGGUGGCAGGCGGACGCGCUGCCCGCGCGCGCGGAGGGCGAGGGCGCGGACACGGAUGCGGAUGCAGACGCGGACUAUGCGGAGCAGGGCUUGUUGGGGUUCUUUGAGGAGAAGCUGCAGAUAUGA